CUGGCUGUUCCGUGCAGGCUGUCCCUCUCCUUCAAAACCGUGCAUCCCCUCCCCGAAGCAGCAGGCAGUGUGCCUCCAUUCAGCCACAUUUGGUAUGCAUGAGCACGGCUGCAGGGAGAGGGGAGGUGGCUUUCUUAAGAAGGUUCAGUGGCUCAGGCAACGCCACUUGACUAGUCUCCCAAGUUGCAGGAAGCCUCUGCCCUGAUGGAAUUCUCAGGUGUGGAGAUGACCAUGGGAUGCCAGGGCUGUGGGGGACCGUUUAUUUUCUAGGCACUGCUCAGGUUUGCGGCUUCUGGUUUUCCCGGUGGAAUUUGGACGGGGUCAUGAAUCAAACUGAUGCUCCUCGACCCCUAAACUGGACCAUCCGGAAGCUGUGCCACGCAGCCUUUCUCCCAUCUGUCAGACUUCUUAAGGCUCAGAAGUCCUGGAUAGAAAGAGCGUUUUAUAAAAGAGAAUGUGUUCACAUCAUACCCAGCACCAAAGACCCCCAUAGGUGUUGCUGCGGGCGUUUAAUAGGCCAGCAUGUCGGCCUCACUCCCAGUAUCUCAGUUCUUCAGAAUGAGAAAAAUGAAAGUCGCCUCUCCCGAAAUGACAUCCAGUCUGAGAAGUGGUCCAUCAGCAAGCACACUCAACUCAGCCCCACAGAUGCUUUUGGGACCAUUGAGUUCCAAGGAGGCGGCCAUUCCAACAAAGCCAUGUACGUACGAGUAUCUUUCGAUACAAAACCUGAUCUCCUCCUACACCUGAUGACCAAGGAAUGGCAGUUGGAGCUUCCCAAGCUUCUCAUCUCAGUUCAUGGGGGCCUACAGAACUUUGAACUCCAGCCAAAACUCAAGCAAGUGUUUGGGAAAGGUCUCAUCAAAGCAGCCAUGACAACUGGAGCAUGGAUAUUCACUGGAGGUGUUAACACAGGUGUUAUUCGUCAUGUUGGAGAUGCCUUGAAGGACCAUGCAUCUAAGUCUCGAGGGAAGAUAUGUACCAUAGGUAUCGCCCCUUGGGGAAUUGUGGAAAACCAGGAGGACCUGAUUGGAAGAGAUGUUGUCCGGCCAUAUCAGACCAUGUCCAAUCCCAUGAGCAAGCUCACUGUUCUCAACAGCAUGCAUUCUCACUUCAUUCUGGCCGACAAUGGGACCACCGGAAAGUACGGAGCAGAGGUGAAACUUAGGAGACAACUGGAAAAGCAUAUUUCACUCCAGAAGAUAAACACAAGAUGCCUGCCGUUUUUCUCUCUUGACUCCCGCUUGUUUUAUUCAUUUUGGGGUAGUUGCCAAUUAGACCCAAUUGGAAUCGGUCAAGGCGUUCCAGUGGUGGCACUCAUUGUGGAAGGAGGACCCAAUGUGAUCUCAAUUGUCUUGGAAUACCUUCGAGAUACCCCUCCCGUGCCAGUUGUUGUCUGUGAUGGGAGUGGACGGGCAUCCGACAUCCUGGCAUUUGGGCAUAAAUAUUCAGAAGAAGGCGGACUUAUAAACGAAUCUUUGAGGGACCAGCUGUUGGUGACCAUCCAGAAGACUUUCACAUACACUCGGACCCAGGCUCAGCACCUGUUCAUCAUCCUCAUGGAGUGCAUGAAGAAGAAGGAAUUGAUUACGGUGUUUCGGAUGGGAUCAGAAGGACACCAGGACAUUGAUUUAGCCAUCCUGACAGCUUUGCUUAAAGGAGCCAAUGCCUCGGCCCCAGACCAACUGAGCUUAGCUUUAGCCUGGAACAGAGUCGACAUCGCCCGCAGCCAGAUCUUUAUUUAUGGGCAACAGUGGCCGGUGGGGUCUCUGGAGCAAGCCAUGUUGGAUGCCCUAGUUCUGGACAGAGUGGAUUUUGUGAAAUUGCUCAUAGAGAAUGGAGUAAGCAUGCACCGUUUUCUCACCAUCUCCAGACUAGAGGAAUUGUACAAUACGAGACAUGGGCCCUCAAACACAUUGUACCACUUGGUCAGGGAUGUCAAAAAGCGAGAAUAUCCAGGUUUCGGUUGGAUCUAUUUUAAGGGGAACCUGCCCCCAGACUACAGAAUCAGCCUGAUAGACAUUGGCCUGGUGAUCGAGUACCUGAUGGGAGGGGCUUAUCGCUGCAACUACACGCGCAAGCGCUUCCGGACGCUCUACCACAAUCUCUUUGGACCCAAGAGGCCCAAAGCCUUGAAACUGCUGGGAAUGGAGGAUGAUGUUCCCUUGAGGCGAGGACGAAAGACAACCAAGAAGCGUGAGGAAGAGGUGGACAUUGACUUGGAUGACCCUGAGAUCAACCACUUCCCUUUCCCUUUUCAUGAGCUGAUGGUGUGGGCCGUCCUGAUGAAGCGGCAGAAGAUGGCCCUGUUCUUCUGGCAGCACGGCGAGGAGGCCAUGGCCAAGGCCUUGGUGGCCUGUAAGCUCUGCAAAGCCAUGGCCCACGAGGCUUCUGAGAACGACAUGGUCGAUGACAUCUCCCAGGAGCUGAACCACAACUCCAGGGACUUUGGCCAGCUGGCCGUGGAGCUCCUGGACCAGUCCUACAAGCAGGAUGAGCAGCUGGCCAUGAAACUGCUGACGUAUGAGCUGAAGAACUGGAGCAAUGCCACAUGCCUGCAGCUCGCGGUAGCUGCCAAGCACCGUGACUUCAUCGCACACACAUGCAGCCAGAUGUUGCUCACGGACAUGUGGAUGGGUCGGCUCCGGAUGCGCAAGAACUCAGGCCUCAAGGUAAUUCUGGGAAUUCUACUUCCUCCUUCAAUUCUCAGCUUGGAGUUCAAGAACAAAGAUGACAUGCCCUAUAUGACUCAGGCCCAGGAAAUUCACCUCCAAGAGAAGGAGCAAGAAGAACCAGAGAAGCCCACGAAGGAAAAAGACGAAGAGGACAUGGAAUUGACAGCAAUGUUGGGACGAAACAACGGGGAGUCCUCCAGGAAGAAGGAUGAAGAGGAGGUUCAGAGCAGACACCGGUUAAUCCCCCUGGGCCGAAAAAUCUAUGAAUUCUACAACGCACCCAUUGUGAAGUUCUGGUUCUACACUCUGGCGUACAUCGGAUACUUGAUGCUCUUCAACUAUAUCGUGUUAGUGAAGAUGGAGCGCUGGCCUUCCACCCAGGAAUGGAUCGUCAUUUCCUACAUUUUCACCCUGGGAAUAGAAAAGAUGAGAGAGAUUUUGAUGUCAGAGCCAGGGAAAUUGCUACAAAAAGUAAAGGUGUGGCUGCAAGAGUACUGGAAUGUCACAGACCUCAUAGCCAUCCUUCUGUUCUCUGUUGGAAUGAUCCUUCGUCUCCAAGACCAGCCCUUCAGGAGUGACGGGAGGGUCAUCUAUUGUGUGAACAUCAUCUAUUGGUACAUUCGUCUAUUAGACAUCUUCGGCGUGAACAAGUAUUUGGGCCCAUAUGUAAUGAUGAUUGGAAAAAUGAUGAUAGACAUGAUGUACUUUGUCAUCAUUAUGCUGGUGGUGCUGAUGAGUUUUGGGGUCGCCAGGCAAGCCAUUCUGUUUCCCAACGAGGAGCCAUCAUGGAAAUUGGCCAAGAACAUCUUCUACAUGCCCUAUUGGAUGAUUUAUGGGGAAGUGUUUGCAGACCAGAUAGACCGUAAGCAAGUUUAUGAUUCUCAUACACCAAAGUCAGCUCCCUGUGGACAGAAUGAGACUCGAGAGGAUGGUAAAAUAAUCCAACUGCCUCCCUGCAAGACAGGAGCCUGGAUCGUGCCGGCCAUCAUGGCCUGCUACCUCCUAGUGGCAAACAUCCUGCUGGUCAACCUCCUCAUCGCUGUCUUUAACAAUACAUUUUUUGAGGUAAAAUCAAUAUCCAACCAAGUGUGGAAGUUUCAGAGGUAUCAGCUCAUCAUGACUUUCCAUGAAAGGCCCGUUCUGCCCCCACCUCUGAUCAUAUUCAGCCACAUGACCAUGAUAUUCCAGCACCUGUGUUGCCGAUGGAGAAAACACGAGAGUGACCCAGAUGAAAGGGACUAUGGCCUGAAGCUCUUCAUAACUGAUGAUGAGCUCAAGAAAGUACAUGAUUUUGAAGAGCAGUGCAUAGAGGAAUAUUUCAGAGAAAAGGAUGACCGCUUCAACUCGUCCAAUGAUGAGAGGAUACGAGUGACUUCAGAAAGGGUGGAGAACAUGUCCAUGCGGCUGGAGGAAGUCAACGAGAGAGAACACUGCAUGAGGGCCUCACUCCAGACCGUGGACAUCCGGCUGGCACAGCUCGAGGACCUCAUCGGGCGCAUGGCUACAGCCCUGGAGCGCCUGACGGGUCUGGAGCGGGCCGAGUCCAACAAAAUCCGCUCGCGGACCUCCUCAGACUGCACAGACGCAGCCUACAUUGUCCGCCAGAGCAGCUUCAACAGCCAGGAGGGGAACACCUUCAAGCUCCAAGAGAGUAUAGAUCCUGCAGGUGAGGAGACCUUGUCCCCAACUUCUCCAACCCUAAUGCCCCGUAUGCGAAGCCAUUCUUUCUAUUCAGUCAAUAUGAAAGACAAAGGUGGGAUAGAAAAGUUGGAGAGUCUUUUUAAAGAAAGGUCCCUGAGCCUACACCGGGCUACUAGUUCCCACUCUGUAGCAAAAGAAUCCAAAGCUCCUGCAGCCCCUGCAAACACCUUGGCCAUUGUUCCUGAUUCCAGGAGACCGUCUUCAUGUAUAGACAUCUAUGUCUCUGCCAUGGAUGAGCUCCACUGUGAUAUAGACCCUCUGGACAAUUCCAUGAACAUCCUUGGGCUGGGAGAGCCAAGCUUUUCGGCUCCAGUACCUUCCACAGCUCCUUCAAGUAGUGCCUAUGCAACUCUUGCACCCACAGACAGACCUCCAAGCCGGAACAUUGAUUUCGAGGACAUCACCUCCAUGGACACUAAAUCUUUUUCUUCAGACUACACCCACCACCCGGAAUGCCAAAACCUGUGGGACACUGAGCCUCCGAUGCACCACACCAUUGAGCGUUCCAAAAGUAGCCGCUACCUAGCCACCGCCCCCUUUCUUCUAGAAGAGUCCCCCAUCGUGAAAUCUCACAGCUUUAUGUUUUCUCCUUCGAGGAGCUAUUAUGCCAACCUUGGGGUGCCUGUGAAAACAGCAGAAUACACAAGUAUUACAGACUGUAUUGACACAAGGUGUGUCAAUGCCCCUCAAGUGAUUGCUGACAGAGCCACCUUCCCGGGAGGUCUUGGAGGAAAAGUGGAGGACUCAUCAUGCUGCCAUCCCGAACGAGAAGCAGAACUGAGUCACCCCAGCUCUGACAGUGAGGAGAAUGAGGCCAAGGGCCGGAGAGCCGCCAUUGCAGUACGCCCCCAGGAGGGUGAUAAUUCAGACAGAACCCUGUCCAACAACAUCACAGUUCCCAGGAUAGAGCGUGCCAACAGCUACUCAGCAGAGGAGCCAAGUGUGCCAUAUGCACACACCAGGAAGAGCUUCUCCAUCAGUGACAAACUUGACAGGCAGCGGAACGCAGCAAGCCUGAGAAAUGCCUUCCAGAGGAGUAAGUCCUCCAAGCCAGAGGGCCGAGGGGACAGUCUGUCCAUGAGGAGACUCUCCAGAACAUCCGCUUUCCACAGCUUUGAAAGCAAACACAACUAAACCUUCUAAUAAGCUUUGCAGGAGGCUCAAGAAUCCAGCCCUAAAAUUCUCCCCAAAAUUCACCUGUUCCCCUUCCUUGAAACUUAUCUGCUUUAUUCUUAGCUGAGCAAAACAAAUAUUGCCUUGGGAGGUAUUAACUCAAAGGUGACUUCUGGCCAGAGAUCAAGAAAGCAUUUGUUCUGGCCCAGUGCCAAACACAGGAUUUAAGUCAUGUUCACACUUGAUGGGUAGGGAGGGGAAAGAGGGAGAAGAAGGGUUGAGGUGAAUGUGUAUCACUAGUCACUUCAGAAAGCCAUGAGUUCUGGGAAUGAAUGGGGCUUCAAGCACUGUCCGUGCCAGGAGGCAUCUUUCCAUUUCUGACCAUUAUCAAGAGUUUUAGGAUGCAGGGCUAAAUUGCAAAAAUAAAAUAAAAUAGUCAGCAUACAAAUGAGAUAUUCUAAACUUUCAAUUCUGUUUUCUUUUCACAUUGGCUCCAUCACUGGUGACUGAUGAAGAGCAUCCUUUUUAUUCAGUAUAAGCCGGCAGCAAGCAGUUCUACCUAACGUCCCACAUCCUUCUCAUGCCAACACUUCUGUAAUUGAUCAUUAUAAAGAAAAAACAAGGUAACAGUCAUAGUUCACCUGUCUCUUAUAUAUUCGUUUCUGGUGCCACAACUUUUAUCUUUUUUGAAGAAAAUAAAGGGAAAAGAAAUGCCUUUUUGUAUUGCAAUCAAAAUGAAAGAAGAAUUGAUGUUAAAAACAAAUGUCAAGUGGUUUAUUAUAAACAGUGGGCAUUCAAGCAUAGUCAAGCAAGCUCAGGAUGAAUGUAAUUAAAUAAUUUUAUAUUUUUUAAUUUAUUUUGUAUCUCACCUGUCUUCAGUGAAGCCACUCACUGAAUAUGUAAUAGUGAACUUAAAAACAUAGUAGGCAGAACUCACCUAAAACUGCCAUAUGAGAUACUGUUAUCUUCUCACCAUCCAUGUCAUGUGUGAUGCUGCUGUGUGACCUUCAUCAUUUGUAUGAGUCUACCAUGUCUUCUGAACGUCUCCAGGAUGUAACUGCCAAUUUCCUGCACCACUCAUCACAUGAGCAUUUUGUAUAUGAAUAUCUGGUUACAUGUGGAUAUUUUCAUACCUAGAGUUUUGCCAUUUAAUCUGAGCUCAGCAUAAAUUUAAUUGGAGUUUUUCAAGGGCUGGUAUCUUUUUUAUGGAAUGUUCCAAAGCACUUUUUAAGGAAGUUUCAAAACCAUAAAUAACCUUAGAAUUGACUGGGAGUUUGGUAUCAACCCAAGCCAUCAGUUGCAGGCAUACCAUGAAUAUUUUUCUUAUACACAGAGUUAUAAAAAAGAUACAGUAGACUAAAAUAGAAAACAAACAUGUAAAGAGUUCUGUAGUAUAUGCUGCUUAUAUACAUAUAUAUGCAUUUACCCAGGGAGACAUGUUAAUAUAUAGUAUAUAAACAGACAUAUAGAGCUUUCUUAAAAGGCUUGGACUUUUCUAUCACCUUGAGAUAUAACCAGGAUUUUUUAAUAUCCAAGGAGUUCCAUUGAAAGAGUUCAUUAUAUUAAAUUUUGACAGAUGUUGAAAUUAUGAAUUUUUUAAAUCCCUAUGACCUCAGCUUUUCCUUGUACCAAACUAGAACAUGACUCACUGCCUUCCCUCUGCCCCUUUUUGUGCGGAAGCACUUGCUGUCAUGACGUCUCAUUUAGUCUGGUUUCUCCUACACAAAGCGAUUAUGCCAAGUACAAUCAGAAUAGACAUGCCAGUCUAAGCCAGAUAGUAUUAUGGACUCGAGAAUACAGGCAUAUGUUUCUAGAUCCGAGUCUGGAUUUCAAGUGGGAUAAAGAAAUCUUGACCCUCAAAUCUUCGGAUUCCUAUUUGGAUCACUGAUUUCAAAGCGAAUCAAGAUCUUUAAGGAAAAAGACUUAAUGUCUCUGACCCCAAAUACUACCUGGCUCUUUUGUUUCUCUGUAGUUAUGAACUCCAAAUUGUCUCACUAUGUGAAAUCAAGUAAGUACGUGGACAAAAUCUCUAGGCUUUAAAUAUUUAAACAAAACCCAAAACCUUCUGCACAAGCUUUUCAGUUGUAGAGAUAAUGAUGUGGCCACAUAUGAAGAAUUAAAGAAUUCCUUCUUCACUCCUUGGAUUUAAGUGAAUAAGAAAUAAGUCACCAGAGUCCCUCAUAUAUAAUUGCUCUAGAAACACUUAAUUUUUAUUGAACUCCAUAUUGGCUAUUUCCCCCUCAGCAAACACACAUUUGAGAAUAGAUCAGUUGCCCUUAAACUUCCUUGAGUCACGAAUCUCUAUGAGGAUCUAAUGAAAGCUCUGGGCCCGCUUCCCAGAAAAAAAUGUACAUACAUGCAAAGUUGCAAUAUACCUUAAAGGGUUCAUGCACCCCUGGUUCCAUAUUGAUUGAUAAUGAGGAAGAGGAACCAUGUUUGUUCAUAAUCAAUGCAGUUGUAAUAGGCACUUUACAUUUCAAGACCAUUUCUCUGUGACUCUCAGGAAGGCCAAGUCUCAGCACCAGAGUUUGAACCAAGAUUUUGUUAUUUUUGUUCCUUAGAUUAGCUUUUGCUAGUCUGAUGUACUUACAUCCUAACACUUUGAUGGUUUUACGUAUGGAGCACAUUUACAAAGCCAGAAGCCUCUCUAAAUCUGUAGAGGAAUCUAAGAAGGAGGUGAAAUCAUUAUUCUUUGACCACAGAGCAGGAUAUCACAGCACCUCCAGAGCCUCAUUCUGGACCAGAUUGAAAGUAGGGGAAAGAAAUUAUGAGCAUGCGUGUUUCCAUUCAUCGUGAUUUCUGGAGAGAACUGAGCAGAACCUGGGAAACAAAGUAUUUAACAGCCCUGACCUUGUGACUACCUGGUCCUUUUGUUGUGCAUGAAAAUGAAGUUCUUACAUCUUUUGUGAAGUGUGUGAAAUAUAUAAGCCAAAUUUAAGUGACUUUAAACACAACCUGUGUAACUUUCAUGAGCCAUUUCUUUCCUCUGCACUUACAUGUGUAUUAUGUUUCCACCCAUUUCUUUCCAUUUCUGGGUGUUCUGCACACCGACGUGGCAUUGAUUCUGUGGCCUUGUACAGUCAGCUUGUGUCCAGCUCAUUUAUUUCACCAUGUCCCUGAUCGAGGGGACAUUAAUUACCUGUCUCUGUGAAUUAAGCAGCCCGUGAGCAGCAAGUUACUGAGGAAUGUAAAUAAAGUCAUAGAGCGCUCAAGGAAGUAAUAGCUUUGGUUUAAUCAUAUGCUUCUAAGGUGCCAAUUUUUAUAUACUACUAUAUGUAAUGAUUUGUUCUAAAUUACUCAGUCCUUUUAAAAAAAAAA